UCUCCCUCGUCGUGAAACCACUCUAACUUGACAGCAUUUCGCCAGUGAAGGACGGCGUGACAUGACCUGCACCACGUCCCCCAACGGCGCAAUGCUCUCCCCGCGCGGCGCGAAGACGGCCUCGGCCCUCCGUCGGCCCUGGCGCUUCGCCCCUGCGCAGACCUACUCCGCCUCGAACCCGUCGGGCGUCAUCUCCUUCGCCCUGGCCAGCAACGCCCUCGUGCUCGACGACAUCGCCUCCUUCGCCGCCCGCGUCCCGCUGCCGCCGGACGUUUUCACCUACGGCUACAGCACCGCCGGCGGCGCCCGGCUGCGCGCCGCCGUGGCGUCGCAUCUGAACCUCACCUUCGGCCCGCACACGCCGCUGGCGCUGGACGACGUCCAGCUCGCCUCGGGCGCGACGGCCGUGCAGUGCGUCCUCGCCUUCGCCCUCGCGUCCGCGGGCGAGGGCGUGCUCACGUCGCGGCCGGUGUACGGGCGCUUCGAGCUCGAUUUUGGCAACGAGAUGGGCGUCGAGGUGGUGUACGCCGACACGACGCCCGACACGUGCCUCGAGCCGGGCGUCGUCGAGGCGUUCGAGGCGGCGCUGCGGCGGUCGCACGCGCGGGGCGUGCGGAUCCGCGCCGUGAUGAUUGUGAACCCGAACAACCCGCUCGGCCGGUGCUACCCGCGCGAGACGCUGGUGGACAUCAUGCGGUUCUGCCAGCGGCACAGAAUCCAUCUCAUCAGCGACGAGAUCUAUGGGCUUUCGGUGUUCUCGUCGUCGUCAUCAUCGUCGUCGUCGUCGUCGUCGUCGUCGGAACCGCUGCCGGCCUUCACGUCCGUGUUGUCCAUCGACCCCAAGGGCGUCAUCGACCCGGACCUGGUGCACGUGGAGUACGGCCUUGCAAAAGACUUUGCGGCCCCGGGGAUGCGGCUCGGCGCGCUGGUGUCGCGGAACCGGGCGCUCCACGAGGUGUUCUCGAGCGUCGUGCGGUUCCACAGCCCCGCGGGUCCGUCGGCCGCGAUCGCGGCCGCCAUGCUCGAGGACCGCGAGUGGCAUGACGGGUUCGUGUCCGGGUCCAGGGAGAAGCUCGCGGCAGCGUACGGGUUCGUGACGAGGGGGUUGGAGGACCUGGGCGUCGGGUAUGUCCGGGCGAACGCCGGCUUCUUCGUGUACGUCGACCUAUCGCCGUGGCUGCCGCCGCCGUCGCCUCCUCGGGGGGAGGAACACGGCACGGACCAGGAGCGGGAGUUUGCGCUGGCGCAGAAGAUCCUGGAGAAGGGUGUGUUUUUGCACCCUUGCGAAGAGCACUGUCUUGCGCCGGGGUGGUUUCGUGUGGUGUACACCCAGCCGCAAGAAAUCAUCGGCGAGGGUCUGAAGAGACUUGGUGACGCAUUGACUAGCUUGCCGUGGGCGACAUCGAAGAGCAAACAAUCAUGAUCUGCUGCGUGUAGGGCAUGUUCCGGAGUUGCCAUCAUGCGUUAACUGGGAAGCAUAGAGAAAAAAGCAGAAAGAGGAACACGAAUAGAUGUUUAUGUAAAUGUGGUGGGAAUAUACAGCACCCCCGAUGUAAGGGGGUUACGAAACUAAAAUAUAUAAAUCAUGAACAUGCUGAGUUUGAGAGGGGGGGACCCAUGAUUCUUGAUUCUCAUCGGCCCAUGCUUCUUCUUUUCUUCUUCCGUCACGUCAAGUCACGUCUUGCCUGCAACACCCCGCCCU